CAACAAAGUUAUUUUGCCAAUUUGUGCAUCUCUUUUCUUCCCAGAACUUGUGGAAAAACAAAGCUAGCUUCAUUCUAUCAGCUCUAAUUUGGGCUAAGUUGGACCAUGAGCAAAGUCAACCCCUUGUCCUUACAACAGAAACAAAAUUUUCUGGCCCUGCUUCAAUUUUUAGUCAACGAUCUGCACACUCCUUCUUCAUCAGUCUCUGCUCAGAUUUUUGCCGAUGCAUUUGCAAUGCAAAUUGCCAUAAGAGUCAUCACAACCAAGAUUUUAAGCUAGUUGCAACUCCUCCUCUUCCUAAAGGAUUCAAAAAAUAUUUUUGUCGUAUCCUUUCUUGGUGCAACCUUUUCAUGAGAAACAAUCAAAAUGAUUUAUGCCUUCUUCCAUUCUUUCUUGUCAGUGGAGCCAAUGGUUCAGGGAGAUCAACCAUACUUAAAAGUGUUGCGAAGUUUUUAGGGCUUCAGUAUUUCAAAACUGAUUGCUUAUUCCUGCAGACCCCUACACCUGGCUAUGCAGAUGCUCAGCUGAAAAACCUGUUCUCAAAAUUUAGCACUUGUGCUCCCUGUCUUGUUCAUUUCGCCAAUUUUGAGGCACUGUGCGUCAACUCCAAUGGGAUGAAGGAUGAUCGUUUAGCCUCAAACUUCAUCAAUCAAUUUAAUGACCUGAAGAGUGAAUGGCCAAUUGUAAUUUUUGCAACAGCACAAAACUCUGCCAGAAUUUCUGGAACCAUUGCUCGUUUAUUUUUGGAGUCAUUAGAAAUGGAGGCCCUCGAUCAAUUUGAAAGAAUGUCUGUCCUGUUUUGGACUGCAGAGUUGCAACAGAUUGCUAUUAAUCCAGGAUGUCUUCAAAAUUUAGCCGAACGAACAACUGGAUUCCUGUUCACUGAUCUCAUCAAUCUCCUGGACCAAACUAUUUUAAACUGGCACAAGACUAACUCCCUAAUGAAACCACAAACUGGCUCUUUGGAAUGGGAAAAUUUUGAAGCAGUAUUCAAGAAAAUUCAGUUGACUCAUGCAAGCAGCAUAGGAGCACCAAAAAUCCCUGCUGUCUCAUGGGAUGAUAUCGGUGGACUUGGAUGCCUGAAACAAGACAUUUUGAAAAUGUUAUCUACUCUCCCAAUCUCCAACAACCUUCGCCGUUCAGGUCUACUCCUUCACGGCCCACCAGGAACUGGAAAGACACUAAUUGCCAAAGCAAUCGCUACUGAGUGUAAUUCCAACUUCUUAUCAGUGAAGGGCCCUGAACUGUUAAAUAUGUACGUGGGACAAAGUGAGCAAAAUGUCAGAGAAAUCUUUUCCAAAGCAAGAUCAGCUUCACCUUGUGUUGUGUUUUUUGAUGAGUUGGAUUCUUUGGCUCCAAAUCGUGGCAAGAAUGGUGAUUCAGGCGGUGUUGUGGACAGAGUUGUGUCACAAUUUCUGGCUGAAAUGGAUGAAGUGCAGAAAUCAGAUGGAAUUUUUGUACUUGCAGCAACUAAUCGACCAGAUUUGAUUGAUCCUGCAUUACUACGUCCCGGAAGAUUGGAUAAAUUAAUCUAUGUUGGUCCAUGCAAAGAUGAGGAAUCAAAACUACAUGUUUUGAAGUCAUUAACUAGAAAAUACAAUUUAGAUGAAGACGUGGACCUGGCAGUGAUUGUGAAAGAUUUGACCAAGAGAGUCACAGGAGCUGAUAUCAGUGCUAUUUGCUCAGCAGCGUGGUUAAAUGCAGUAAGACGCCUUAUCACCAAUCAUGAAUCUGAUGGAGGAACAAUUUUUAGUGAGACAGUAGUCGUGAAAAAAGAGGAUUUUCAUACCUCUAUCAAAGCUCUGUGAUGUUGAUUUAACUAACCAAGUCACCAUUUCUUCAAGGGACCCAGGCAGAGAACCAUGUCAUGGAUGAUGCUGAAACAGGACAUGAUUGGCAUUUCACAACGGUGAUUCUGUAUCUUCAAAUGUUGCUUAAUUAAACUCAUUGAGAGAAAUUGUAAUCGAUAAUAUUUUGUUGUAUCGUUAUUUGGUAAGGCCUUGUUGCUACAGCCAAUUUUCAAGACAUUUGUUGCGGUCUCGAAUCGCACUGAGAGUUUUUGCCAUCACCAUCUCCACGGAACAGGGCUGUUCUCAAAUCCUGUCAUGGUUACUUGGAAUUAGUAUUGAAACUUUCAUUAUUAACACAACUAAUUCUCCAAAAGUUGAAUUUUGUUUUUAUUUCCCUUUUUCUUUGGAAAAAGGUUCUGAGUGGUGUAUGUAUAUUUUUUAAAUUUUAUUUUCUACUUUUUUCAACACUGUUGAUCAGACAUAUUUUAACUGGAAUGUCAGACUUGUGCUGUCGCUCUCAAUGAGAUAAUUUUCAAUCAAUUGUGGAAUCUGAGUUUAUUUCUAUAUAAAUUUUAUUUAAAUUAUUUGGCAGAAAAAUGUGUGCUCCUUCAUUUUCAGUUCAGAUCCCUUAUUUCACGUGAUAUGUUCAGAAACUUAUCUAUAAAUGAUUCCUGUAAAUGCAAAUUUGGUAUCCAACCUGAAAAAUGCUUUGCAUAGAACUAUUUUGAACACAGUUGAAUGAUUCUCUUGUUCAGGAUUACCUGUGAAUACUUUAGAGUAAAUAUUUUGUCCCAAAAAUAAUGUGACUGGUUCCCUAACGAGUGAGAAAAUAAAACGAACAGAAUGCAACCUUAACGAACUUAAAAAGUAGCUUAUUUGCCGUAAAACAACCCUUGUAAAGCUCAAUUGGACGUAAUUCUGCUAAACAGAACCAAGCGCCAUAGAGGGAAGAAGGGGAAUGCAGGUUGGAUUGGCGGGUGCAGUCGGACGAUGAGUUCGUUCCGUCUCAUGUUCUUACUGCUUUUUAUGGUGCUUCGUUCCUUUUAGCAAAAAUACAUCCUAUUAGUCACCACUUAUGUGAUAUUAAAGAUUGUUUGAUAAUGUU